AUGGAUAUGGAAGCUAUCCAGCCUGAUGCCAGGCGAGGAAGGUGUAUACUCUCCUAUGAAGAUGUGCACGUGAACUUCACACAGGAAGAGUGGGCUUUGCUGGAUCCUUCCCAGAAGAAUCUGUACAAAGAUGUGAUGCUAGAGACCUAUGGGAAUCUUACAGCUAUAGGCUACGUUUGGGAAGAUCAUAAUACUGAAGAACACUUUCAAAGAUCUAGAAGAUAUGAAAGGCAUGAAAGAAGUCAUACUGAAGAGCAAGCCUCUGAGAUUUUUCAGUGUGGGCAAGCCUUUUCAUUUCAGAGUCAUAACCUAAGACAAGAAAGAAUUCAUACUGGAGAGAAACCCUAUGAAGGUGUCCAACAUUUUGAAGCCUUUGCAUAUCACAGAAGUCUCCAAGUACAUAAAACAAGAGUUGAUGGAGAGAAAACCUAUGAGUGUAACCAAUGUGGUAAAGAUUUCGUAUCUUACAGCUAUCUUCAAACCCAUCAAAGAGUACAUACUGGACGGAAAGGUUUUGAAUGUAACCACUGUGGUAAAGCCUUUUCAAAAAACAGUAAUCUCCAAAGACAUAAAAGAACACAUACUGGAGAGAAGCGUUAUGAAUGUAGCCAAUGUGGCAAACACUUCUCAUAUCCAUAUGGUUUGUUAUAUCACAAAAGUUUACACACAGGAGAGAAACCCCAUGUGUGUCAUCAGUGUGGUAAAGCCUUUAAAGUUAAAAGUCAUCUUCAAAUACAUAGAAGAGCACAUACUGGAGAGAAACCUUUUGAAUGUAACCAAUGUGGUAAAGCCUUUUCACAAAAUAGUAGUCUUCUAACACAUAAAAGAAUACAUACUGGACAGAAACCUUUUCAGUGUAACCAAUGUGGUAAAGCCUUUGCAAGAAACUAUCAUCUCCUAACACAUACAGUAAUACAUACUGGAGAGAAACCUUUUGAAUGUAACCAAUGUGGUAAAGCCUUUUCACAAAAUAGUAGUCUUCUAACACUUAAAAGAAUACAUACUGGACAGAAACCUUUUCAGUGUAACCAAUGUGGUAAAGCCUUUGCAAGAAACGAUCAUCUCCUAACACAUACAGUAAUACAUACUGGAGAGAAACCUUUUGAAUGUAACCAAUGUGGUAAAGCCUUUGCACAAAAUAGUACUCUUCUAACACAUAAAAAAGUACAUACUGGAGAGAAACCUUUUGAAUGUAACCAAUGUGAUAAAGCCUUUACAAAUAUUGGUAAUCUUCUAACACAUAAAAGAAUACAUACUGGAGAGAAACCUUUUGAAUGUAACCAGUGUGAUAAAGCCUUUACAAAUAUUGGUAAUCUUCUAACACAUAAAAGAAUACAUACUGGAGAGAAACCUUUUGAAUGUAACCAGUGUGAUAAAGCCUUUACAAAUAUUGGUAAUCUUCUAACACAUAAAAGAAUACAUACUGGAGAGAAACCUUUUGAAUGUAACCAAUGUGGUAAAGCCUUUACACAAAGUAGUAAUCUUCUAAAACAUAAAAAAAUACAUACUGGAGAGAAACCUUUUCAGUGUAACCAAUGUGGUAAAGCCUUUGCAAGAGACUAUAAUCUCCUAACACAUAAAAGCACACACACUGGAGAGAAACCUUUCAACUGUAACCAAUGUGGUAAAGCCUUUGCAAGAAACUGUCAUCUGCUAACACAUAAAAGAACACAUACUGGAGAGAAACCUUUUGAAUGUAACCAAUGUAGUAAAGCCUUUACACAAAGUAGUAGUCUUCUAAAUCAUAAAAAAAUACAUACUGGAGAGAAACCUUUUCAGUGUAACCAAUGUGAUAAAGCCUUUUCAAGAAACUAUCAUCUCCUAAGACAUAAAAGAAUACAUACUGGAGAGAAACCUUUUGAAUGUAACCAAUGUGGUAAAGCCUUUGCACAAAAUAGUACUCUUAUAACACAUAAAAGAAUACAUACUGGAGAGAAACCUUUUGAAUGUAACCAGUGUGGUAAAGCCUUUGCACAAAACUGUGAGCUCCAAAUACAUAAAAGAAAACAUACUGGAGAGAAACCCUAUGAAUGUCAUGAAUGUGGCAAAACUUUUUCAAGUCCUUCUGGAUUCACAUAUCAUAACAGAAGACAUAGUUCAUACAAGAGAGAAAUCUUUUCCAUGAGCCCAUGA